GUGCAGUAUGUCAGCAAACAGCCCUCAAAUACUCUCCCAAAGACAUCCCAGAGAUGCCCUCAUGCAAUUUCAAACCAGAGGAGUACAAGGGUAUGUCUAAAGACCAAAUGAUGGAGAUCCGCAGGAAGAACUGCAACCCCAUGACCAUGAAGAUUACCUACUAUAAGAAACCAGUGUUCAUCCACCAGGGACACAUGCAAUGGGUGUGGGAUGUGGACGGGAGGCGAUAUCUGGAUCUGUUUGCUGGUGUGGCUACUGUUGGUGUGGGCCACUGCCACCCGAAGGUGAUAGCAGCCACAACACAGCAGUUGAAGAGACUGUGGCACACUACUAACAUCUACGUCCAACCUCCUCUCCAUGAGUAUUGUGAGAAGCUGACUUCCUACUUGCCAGAUCCUCUCAAGGUGGUGUAUCUGACCAACAGCGGCUCAGAAGCCAAUGACCUGGCUAUACUGAUGGCUCGACUUUACACGGGCAACUUUGACAUUAUCACUUUCAGGGGAUCAUAUCACGGUGGCAGCCCACAGACCAUGGGUCUCACCUCCAACUCACCAUAUAAAUACCCCAUCGCCACUGGUUCAGGCUGCGUAAAUGCCGUGUGUCCUGAUGUGUUCAGAGGUCCGUGGGGAGGAAGCCACUGCAGGGACUCUCCUGUGCAGACCAUCAGAGAGUGUAACUGUGCCCAAGGCCGCUGCAUGGCAAAUGAACAAUACAUUGACCAACUCAAAGAGACAUUUGCUACCAGUGUCCCAAGUCGAAUUGCUGCUUUCUUUGGGGAGCCUAUUCAGGGGAUGGGUGGAGCUGUGCAGUACCCUAAAAACUACUUCAAAGAAGCCUACAAACUAGUGAGAGAGAGAGGAGGGGUCUGCGUCGCUGACGAGGUCCAGACUGGAUUUGGGCGUACAGGAAGCCACUUCUGGGGUUUCCAGGGUCAUGAGGUCCUUCCUGAUAUCGUUACAAUGGCGAAGGGUAUUGGUAAUGGUUUCCCAAUGGGAGCUGUUGUUACAACACCAGAAAUUGCUGCUUCCUUUGUUAAGGCGUUCCACUUCAACACCUUCGGAGGAAAUCCUAUGGCUUGUGCUGUUGGCUCAUCAGUGCUUGAUGUUAUCAAAGAAGAUGGCAUACAGCAGAACUGUCUGGAUGUGGGCACCUAUCUGAUGACAGAAAUGGCAAAACUCAGAGACAAGUACGAGAUCAUCGGUGACGUCCGUGGAAAAGGCCUGCAGAUCGGUGUGGAAAUGGUCAAAGACAAGGCCAGCAGAACCCCGCUGUCACCUGAGGCAAUGAGCGUGAUCUUUGAGGACAUCAAGGACAUGGGAGUCCUGAUAGGGAAAGGUGGAGUGUACGGACAGACGUUUCGUGUCCAACCCCCCAUGUGCAUCACGAGGAAGGACGUAGAUUUCUUCCUGGCAGUUUUUAACAAAGCCAUCCACAACUACAUGGAUGGAAAAUGAACGGCUAAAUCAUGCAAUGUCAAUCAUUUUACAAUCUGCUUUUUAUCAUUAUAAAGACACUUGAGCUGCAGUCAUUCCUGCUUUAGAACAUUGUUUCACAGUGAAAACUCAUAAUCAUCACUCUGAGGGGAAAAAAUAUUACACCUACACAUCUCUCUAACGAGUGACCUGGAGUUCAUUUUGCUCCCGUGCUUGAAUCUGACACCUUUAUGAUUGUUAUGCAAUGAAUCUUUGUGAACACGCAAUGUGUUACCGACUGUGAA